GGUCGACGCUUUUUCAACUCUGAGUCUGGUGUUGUGUUUAGGUAACAAAAUUCAGACGAUGGCUUCGAUUCCACAGAUCAUCCUGUGUACCAACAUCUCCAUACACGAUGGUUUCAACAAGGAACCCAGAAUUAGACUCCAGUCCAAAGGACGAAGCUUUGUUCCUUCUCUGCUUCAGAACAACAAGUUGGGAUUAAGAGUUUCCUUGAUUGAGCAUAGACAGAGACGGCGGCAAUUGAUGGGUCUGGAAAAUAUUGGAUUUUUAGCUAGUGAGAAAGCUCUUAGCCGGCAAAGACGGGAGGUUAAGGUUAGAUGUAACAAGGGUUUAGGGUUUAAUGGUGGAGAUAACAACGGAAACGGGAGGAUACUUGGGAAUCUUGCUUUGGCUAUUGGGUUGACAUAUCUCUCUAUGACUGGUCAGCUUGGUUGGAUUCUGGACGCUAUUGUCUCUGUUUGGCUGGUUGUGGUGAUUGUUCCAAUUUUGGGGUUGGGAGCUUUUCUGUGGUGGGCACAACGAGAUAUUGUUCAGAGCAAUUGUCCGAAUUGUGGAAACGAGUUUCAGAUAUUCAAGUCAGCGAUGGAUGAUGAAGUACAGCUUUGUCCUUUCUGCACUCAGCCAUUCUCGGUGGUGGAUGAUAAGUUUGUUAAGGAACCAGUGAAAUUCUCCAACCAAACUACUGCGUUUGGACAAGACCUAAAUGGGUUUUCUUCUGCACCUAAGAAAGGAAAGGGUUUCUCAACAGCGAUUGUAGACAUAGAAGCAGAAGUAACAGAUGCAGACUGACAAUGCGACCGGGAAGUUAUAGCGUAGGCAACAAACUUGUGCAGAGAGCUCGUUGUUUGGAUAUAGAAGUAAUAUAGAAAUACACAUCCAUAUGUAUAUUUAUAUGUCUAUGACAUUGUUAUCUCUUUUGUAUUUGAAUGAUUGUUUAAUGUUUAAAGUAGUAGUCUCCCGUGUAA